AAAAAAUUGAGGUCCUCUCACAUGAGUACUGGAACAAGUUUUAUUCUCAUCACGAAGAUAAAUUUUUCAAAGACAGAAACUGGUUAAGAAAAGAGUUUCAUGAAUUAUUUUCUUCAACAUCACCUAGUUUGCACAUAAUGGAAGUCGGUUGUGGUGUGGGAAAUACGAUAUUUCCAAUAUUAAGAGCUAUAAAGAGUCCUGGCCUGUUGAUAUAUGCAUCAGAUUUCUCUGUAAAUGCACUAUCCAUACUCAGAGGUUCCAAAGAGUAUGAUGCCGAUCGUUGUAUUAGUUUCCAGUAUGACAUAACCAAGACUGACGAUGAAAUCCCUUGCCCCAAAAACAGUUUGGAUUUUUUAAUCUUGGUGUUCGUAUUAUCAGCAGUUAAUCCUGAACUGUUUCAUCGCACACUUAAAAAUCUUGUAACUUAUUUGAAACCCGGAGGUGUACUAUUGUUCCGGGAUUAUGGACAGUUUGAUCUAGCUCAGUUGCGAUUUAAAAGUGGUCAAUGUUUAAAAGAUAAUUUUUAUCUGAGAUUAGAUGGUACAAGAGUUUACUUUUUCACACAAGAUGAAUUACACAAAUUGUUUACUGACGUUGGUCUGGAAAAAAUUCAGAACAAAGUUGAUCGUAGACUAAUUGUAAAUCGCAAAAAGAAGUUAAAGAUGUACAGGAUUUGGAUUCAGUAUUUUGUACGUUAA